AUGACUAUGUGGUGGCCCACAGCGCGUGCAUCUGUGCGGCAGCUCUACGCUGUGCGCACACCUAUGGCAUGGGCGUCUCGCUCGAUGAUGACCUCGCCGUUCAGGCCGACGACUCCGCUUCUACUGCAGGCGACGCAGCCCAAGGAGAUGACCAUGCCGGUCGUGGUGGGAUGUGGCCUGGUUGGCGCUGGCCUGAUUGCUAUGAUGAUGCGCCCUACAGGUUCGACGGGGGGCAAAUGGGUCAAGGGCGGCUUCCAGGCCAAGAUGGAUCGAAAAGAAGCGAUUCAGAUUUUGGGUUUGCGCGAAGCUAGUGUCAAUCGUAAUCGCAUCAAGGAGGCACACCGCCGUAUGAUGAUUGCGAACCACCCAGACCGUGGCGGAUCGCCCUACCUCGCUAGCAAAAUCAACGAGGCCAAGGACCUACUAGAACGCACCACGUCGCGUUGA